AUGGACGUGGAUUACAUGGAGCUCCGCAAAGCAGCAAUUGCAGAGGCUAAGAAGACCACUCUAAACGGCCAACUAACCAUGACCGACCUCAGCGUCGUCAAACUCAUGGACGUGGUCCGCAAGGUCGACUGGAAUUCCAACUGGGAAGGCCAAGGCCAAGGACAAGAACCAGUCAUCAGACCUCUCGAAACAACCGCACACUCCUCCGCGCUGCUCCUCCAAGAGCGAGGCAUCAAGCCACGAUCCGCAUGCGAUCUGUGCAUAAAGACCAAGAACAAACCGUUCCAAUCGUGCGUUUGCGCCCCGGCAUUCCGCCGCCAUGCGCUUCGCCUCGGGGCCUGCGCGAACUGUAUCUGGCAUGGGCGCGAGGCGCAUUGCUCGUUGCGAAAGGAUUUUGUGGCUUCCGGGGGGAAGAAGUGGAUGUUUACGUUGGAUCUGAUUGUUCUCCAUGCGGGUGGGUUGCUAUUUGGUGAGGGUAUCGGACGUCGUCUCAGGGGGUUACCUGUGCCUGUGCCUGUGCCUGGUACUCUUCAAGCCAUGUCUCGCACGCCUACGCCCACGACCACUGCCAUCUCUGCCCACAAGGGCAAGGCUACUUCAUCCAAAGCUGCACCUGCACCUGCACCUGCACCUACCACGGGACAACAGCGACAGCGACAACUUGCCCUCACCGAAUCGAAGGUGGAAAUGGAAUCGUCUCGCCGUCUGGCUGGCACUCCCGUUUCCACUAGCGUUCUGGGAAAGCGAUCCGCAUCUACAUCUUCUUCAACUGGGCCUGAGCUUGAGCUCGAGCCCCGAACAAAAAGAACCUGUCAUUCUAAAUCUAAAAAAUGCGACGGUAGCCUCGUGCCCUGGCCAUGCACCUCCACGUCUUGGAAUGACCCCGACGCUCUAAAGACCAUUUAUUCUGAUCUUCGGCGCCAUAUGUGUGCUGUCAAAAGACGGAUUGAGGAGUUGGAUGAGCUGGCUGGCUCUCUAGAGAACGAGAUGAGUCGAGCUGAGUCGAGUUGA